GUAUAAUCCUAUGAUUUUACCUCAGCCAAUUUCAACCUAAGGUUUUGAUUUAUCUUCAGAACUCACUCAAUCCCAAUCCCCAAAAAUUCAAUCUCUCUAGUUUCUCUGCUCCUCAUCAUAUCCAAAAUGGUGAGACACCCUUUAUCCAAAACUGCCAACAAAUACCUCAGAAAAUUCAGAAAAUGGCCACACUCUCCUUACAAGACCUCAUGGCACCACAACUUUGGUGAACAACAAGCUAUGAACAUUCUCAUAAAACAAGCAGCAACCAUUGAAACAUGUUCCUCUUCCUCCCAACAAAUCCAAACACAGAACAACAACCCUUUUCUCCUUUCUACUCUCAUUGACUCCUUCAAAUCUUAUAGCUGUGACCCAACUCCAAAUGCUUACUACUUUCUCAUCAAAACCUUAGUCAACACCUCCCAUUUGCAGGACAUUCCUCCUGUUCUCGACCACCUUGAACGCGUGGAGAAGUUUGAAACACCUGAGUUCAUCUUUGUGUACCUUAUUAGAUUCUAUGGUCUUGCUGAUAGGAUCCAAGAUGCUGUUGAUUUGUUCUUCAGAAUCCCCAGGUUCAGGUGCACACCAACUGUUUGUUCUUUGAACUUGUUGCUGUCAUUGCUUUGUAGGAAGAGGGAGUGCCUCAGAAUGGUUCCCCAGAUCUUGUUAAAGAGCCAGCACAUGAAAAUUCGCAUUGAGGAGUCGACUUUUCGGGUUUUGAUCAGUGCCUUGUGCAGAAUUAGGAGAGUGGAUUAUGCUGUUAAGAUACUGAAUUGUAUGAUAGAGGAUGGUUUUGGUUUGGAUGGGAAGAUAUGUUCGUUGAUAAUAUCAUCAUUGUGUGAACAAAAUGAUGUGACUAGUGCUGAGGCUUUGGUUGUUUGGGGAGACAUGAGGAAACUGGGGUUUUGUCCUGGGGUAAUGGAUUUUACGGAUAUGAUUAGGUUCUUGGUGAAGGAAGAGAGGGGUAUGGAUGCUUUGUAUAUUCUGAACCAGAUGAAACAAGAUGGAAUAAAGCCUGAUGUUGUUUGUUAUACUAUCGUUUUGAGUGGCAUUGUUGCGGAAGGGGAUUAUGUGAAGCUAGAUGAACUAUUUGAUGAAAUGCUUGUAUUGGGACUCAUUCCUGAUGUUUACACUUACAAUGUGUAUAUAAAUGGUUUGUGUAAGCAGAAUAAAGUGGAUGAGGCUAUUCAGAUUGUUGAUUCUAUGAUCAAGCUAGGAUGCAAACCAAAUGUGGUUACUUGCAAUACUUUACUGGGUGCUCUCUGUGAGGCCGGAGAUUUAAGUAAGGCUAAGGGGGUAAUGAAGGAGAUGGGGUUGAAAGGUGUUGAGCUCAACUUGCAUACAUACAGGAUCAUGCUUGAUGGUUUGGUUGGUAAAGCUGAGAUUGGUGAAGCAUCUCUUUUGUUGGAGGAAAUGUUGAAGAAGUGUUUUUAUCCUAGAUCUUCAACAUUUGAUAAUAUCAUAUGUUGCAUGUGCCAAAAGGGCUUAAUUAACGAAGCACUAGAAUUGAUGAAGAAAAUUGUUGCAAAAAGUUUUGCUCCAGGAGCCAGGGCCUGGGAAGCUCUGCUUCUUCAUUCGGGAUCUGAUCUCACAUAUUCAGAAACCACGUUUGCUGGCUUGUUCAACCAAAAUUAAUCCCUAUUGGGAAGAUGAACAACUUCAUAAUUUGGCGCUGUGAAUGCAAUCAUCCUGCAGCUGAAAGAGAGGAUUCUGCUUGCUGGGCUCUUGAUAGCUGUGGGUUUUUUUCUGUAAAAUCUAUACUCUGAUGGAACUAAAAGUGUUUGGGGCGGUUGAUUUGAAAAUGGCAAAAUGCACAGGUACAUUAAGAAAAAGUUUCCACCAAAAGUGUCCCUAUUUGUGUGAUGGCUAGACAAAGUAAGAUGCCUUCAAAGCAGAAUCUUAGUGUUCGAGAAGUGAAUCUUGAAGAUGGGUACUUUUGUAGUAUUUGCAAGGCUGAUGCUGAAUCGGUUGAUCAUCUACCUCCAUUGCUAUCAAAGCUGGCUGGUAUGGACCGAAGCAAUUGAGAGAGGGAAAAGUUUCUUGGGUGUGUCCAGCUUCCAUUGAAGUGCUACUUGUGGAUUGAGUUUCAAUGACUCAUUGUUUUGAUCAUACUGUUUGGAACUUAAUUCCCUACUCAAUUUGCUGGGCAAUUUGGAUGGAGAGGAAUGAGCUUAUUUUCAUUAGUGUUCCUUUCAAUACAGCUAAGGACUGGUCUGGUGGAUUAAAGUAAAAUGGAGAACUAUCCCUAUUAAUUUUCGCAAGCUCAUGAAAAUGUUGAAAAAGUAAAAUUGUCGCUCCCUACAAAGAAGCUACGACAUGCUAUCUGGAUAUUGGUGGUGUACUCUGGAACAGGAAGAACUGUGGUGGGGUGUUUUUGGCAUCAAAUGAGCCAACAAAGCAGAGGUGCUUGCUAUUUUGAAUUCAUUACAUUUUGUAUUGAGUUUAGUUCUCCAACAUUAUCAUCGAAUGUGACUCAUCACCAGCGGUUGGAUGUGUGAAUAACCCCUCUAAAGAGGGCAUGGAAACUUAUCAAUCAAUUAAAUCUCAUUCAAUA